CCCUCUUAAAAUAAUUAAUAUGCCUCCCAAGAAAGAUCAUAAUUUAGAACUGAUUCAGAAAAUUAACUCAUUCGAAAACACGGUGACUCAAAACAACGCAAUGAUAGUAUCGUUGAAGGAUAGUUUUACUCAGAUUCAAGACAUGUUACGUACUCAUGCUGAUGGGAUGGAGGUGAUUCAAAGACAUUUUGCCGAGAAUGAAAGCGCCACAAGUUCAAACACAAAUGAGCAGGCAGGAACAAGGAGAAAGAAAAUACCCAUGCCAAUGGUGACAAUGAACAAUGGAAACUCAAGGAAGCGAAAAAUAUUAAAGCUUGACGUACUUGAUGCUAUACUUCAACUAAAACCUGAUAUUGAAGAUUUUGGUAUGGUUUACGAAAAUAUAAGGAGCUGUGCCUACUAUCGUAUUAAAUCACUUAUGGAUGUAACGUAUAACAACCACCCACCACCAUGGCGAGACGUGCUUCCGUGCUAUCGUCGCAAAAUAGUCAACUUGUUAAAUGAGCGUGUACUUGGAAUGGAUGUAGAUUUAUCUCUUUGUGAGGAUGACUGGGUGGCGCUCCAUCUUAUCAAGAGGUCUUACCAAAACAGAGAAAAGUAUAUGAGGUAUUACUGAAUGUUUAUUAAGAUGACGUGACUUAUUUAACAGAAAAAUAUAGUUCAUCCACAGAGGCGGAAGAACAAACUCAAGACAGCCAAGACCAAACAAACCAAGCGUAAACAAACCAAGCCCAAGAAAACCAAGC